GACAAAAAAGAACCAAAUCCAAGUCACGUGACUGGCCAUGGCAUCUUUUUUUGUCCUUUUUGGAUGAGCACGAUCUCCGUGCAACCCCCAAAAUGACCAAGCUGCAGUUUUUAAACGUCUUCCUGACUGAGCGCCUCAUGCUUGCUGCACAGGAGAUUUACAAGUCUGUGGAGGACACAAUUUUGGAGUACCGAGAAGAGAUAGCGAUCAGGGAGCGGGAGAACGACCGUCUAAGACGUAGGCUCCGAGACGCCGGAAUUGAAAUAUGGCCAGAUCGUCCAUCCAUGGGGCUGUUGGAUGAGGAGGAGGGUGAGCACCCACGUCGUGAGUGGAGUCCCAGUAUGGGACACGAGGAGCGUAUUCCCUUACAGAUAAAAGACAAAAGAGAGCUGCGGACCAACCAAGGAGAUGAUCAGCUCAGAAGCCAUGGGUCCUGCAGUACCUCAGAGAAUAUGUUCACUCCUUCACGCGUUUCAAAUGAAUACCCCCAGGACGGCCCCCACACAUCCAGCCUUUCUCAGAGUCAGGGUGUGGAGAACAGGGAAAGGGAUCCUGGAUCUCGAGGCACCCCCAGGCAUGUGAAGGGAGAGAGUGUGGGCAGCCACAGAGGCUCCACGUCUUCCAGCAGUGGUGCUCAGCCUCUAGCGCCGGUAAACCCGAACUGUUCCAACGAGAACAAUAUUGAUAUCAUAGGUUUGGAAAAUGGAGGACAGAUGAUUGGUGCUAAAGGAGCAGUAUCUGGGUCUAACAGAGGACAAGUCACUGUCAUGCGUAACCAAGGAGCUAACGCCAUGGACUGCCCCCAUCAGAAGUCCCCCAUACAGGGUCACAUGUCAUCUUUCUGUUGUAAAGUAUGUGGUGAGGCGUUUAGCCACAUCGGUCAUUUACACGUUCACGUGCAAGUGCACACUCGGGAGAAACCGUACCGCUGCGGGGUUUGUGGGAAAUGCUGUAGCUCUUCCGGAAGACUUCAGGAGCACCAGCGAAGCCACACAGGGGAAAAACCUUUUCGCUGCCAGAUUUGUGGAAAGGGAUUCACACAGAUGGCUCAUCUGAAAGUCCACAUGAGGAUCCACACAGGAGAGAAGCCGUACAGCUGCCCUGUGUGUGGCAAGUGCUUCAGUCGCUCCGACAAAAUCAAAAGGCACCUGCAGACACACAGCCGUGAGGGAACCUACUUCUCAGGGCAGUGAUGCAAAAUGUGUUCAACAGCCCAGUGUAUGAAUAAUAUUGAUGUGAAAAACUUUUCUUAUUGAAAGCAAAAACGACUGCAGCUGACAAGGAUUCUCUUUGUACUUUACAAAAGUAGAAGUUCUGCAAUUGUUAAAGAACUUUUCUUUUUAUAUCUAACCUAACAGUUCUCACUCUGGACAAGGUUUGUAUUAGCCGGUUUAGUAUGUUAUUUGCAUAAAUUUGUAUCUGUCACACGUAUUAAAUCUCAGACACAUCUGAAUAGUUAGUGUUUGAAACAUAUUUAGCUUUUUUUGUAGUCUCAUACGUAGCACAAAGUCUUCCACAUAAGCCUGUAAACAAACACAUUAAGGGGUUGUCCUUAGUUUUCUUCAUGUGUUAACCCAUGCAUCUGGAAGCAGCAGGAAGGAUGCUAAGCUAAAGGAAUACAAGCGACUGGUCAGUCAGGGAGAUGAGGGGGUUGUGAUUAAAGCGUGUGAAGGAUUAGAAUGAAUGGACGAUCUGCUCUGAUCAUAGAACGGUCUCAUGACCGAAUUAACAAUUUUAAUUAGUACUCGUACAAUAAGUGGUGAUGCUAAAGGUGGUAGAGCUGCACAAUAUUAGGAAAACUUGCGAUGCACGAUAAUGAUUAAUAUUAUGAUGACUUGCAAUAAAAAAAAGCUUAACUGAAGAACAACAAAAAACAAACAAACAAAGAAAUUAAAAAAUAUAUAAAAGGGGAAAAGCAAAAAUUGGAAUCAAAAGAUGUGUGAGGAAAGGGAAAAAGAAAAUGAGCAAGAAAAGGCAAUCGGUGGAUCCUGGGAAAAGCAGAAGGAGCAGAAAGAAGCUAACUCAGGUGUUUGCUAGCCAUCCAAAUUAAACAUCGUUGGCAUAGGAGGCGGGCAUCUAACCUGUAAAUACCCACCUGAUUGGCCAAAUGGGUAAAGAGCUGUUUCAUUUGUCAAAAACUUCAUGCUUCCAUUUGACAAAUGCAUUAUGGGUAGAAAACACUUGAGCUGACCAUACAUUGCGGUCUUUCCUAUUUUUUGUGAUAUGCAUACUGCGCAUGCUGAUAUCGUGAUGACGAUACAUUUGCGAUGUAUUGUGCAGUCCUAAUUUACACUGUGAUUAUGUUAACUACAAGCUGCUGCAGUAUGCUAGUGCUACUAGCACGUGUUAGCACAAGUUGGUGAAAAAAACGUUUAAAAGGACAAACAAAUUUGUAAACAGGUUUCUGCCACGUCACCCACCCCUGUAAGGAGAGAAGGACUGUUUAGCCUGGCUUAAUUGAAUGAUGUCUGUGAUGUUUGUAACAGUUGCGCUGCAUUUUCAAGGCUGACCUCCAGCUGUUCUUGGAUGGAGAAGUCUUUGGGGGUGUACUAAGGUGGAUUAAUACUUUUAGAAAAAUGUGAAUAAAUGUCAUGAAGAGGGCUUUGUUUAGUUCUAGAUGAGGGGUUCUCAGUGGCUGAUGCUAAUUUACAAUUAUCUGGCUAAAACUAUUUAUCCAAUUAAUAAUUGUAAACAACACUUAGAGCAUAAAAAAACGUAAAUGGAAGAAGACAUGCCAAAAAACUGGCCGUUGAUGGGAUUCAUCCAGAAAUCCCAACACUUUUCCUGGUCCCUGAACUCACCAUCGCUCAGCCUUCACUGGCAAUAACAAAUCCUCCAGAUUAACUUCCAGAAGCAUAAUUUUCAAGUUAUUUUCUAAUUAAAGGUAUUUUGAGACAAAUUGAAAACAAAAUCACUUUUGAAAGGUACAAAUAUUCGCGGUAGGGUCGUACCAAAGACUUUAAAAAUGGGACCCAAUGCUUUAAGGGGUUAGAUUGAGGGGUUAAACCACCAAAUGGUUCCCUAGUGCGGCUGUGUCUGCAGCUCACCGCUCCCCACAGGGAUGGGUCAAAUGUGGAGAUGUAGUUUCACCAGUGUGUGAUGAUGACUAUGGGACUUUGAUUAUCAGAAAUUAGUAUUGGCCCUAAAAACUGCAUCAUAGAAAAGUAUUUUCACAUAAAAACAUCAGAUGUUUACAACAAUAUCAGAUCAGGCAGGAAUAUGUCAAACAACAGGGUGAUGUGGCGAGGCGGUCCUGAAAUAAUCCGAAUAAAAAAGCUCAAUAUUGUGAUUAUUGUUUGUUCUCACUGCCUUCUCGGGUAUAUGUUAGAUUUUUAAAGUUUUAGUAGGUUAAAUUGUAAGACUUGAACUCUUGAUAAGUGUUGAAUGAACUUGUUGAAUGCUGAGAAGUUUUAGCUAAAGCCGUCUUGGUCAAAUGUGAUCAGUUUAAGGUUAAAAACAAGCUGCGUCUAAUUACGUGAAACAUUAAAACUGAAAAUCACGAGACUUUGUUAAAAUGCUUUGAUUAAAAAUCCUUUUUACUGAACGUAGAUCAGAAACUUUGCUCAGUUUUCACUCCGAAAAAGAAAACAAAUUCAGAUGAAAUGACCAUUAUGAGACGCUGUCAGUGCGCUUCAGCAGCCAGUUUCUUACCUUCAUGUGGAGCUUUCUUGGUUAAAAACAAAAUAAAAAUUUGCACAUUUA